ACAGAGUAUGGUAUAUAAAUAUAACAAUAAACUUACCUUUUUUUUUAAAUUUUCACUUUGUAUAGUCUUCACUCUCUACUGGGUUAUUACUGUCAAGGUAUUCCAACAGGAUACAUUCAAAUCUAUAGUUUGUAGUCAGGCUGGACAUCUCUAGAGAUAUGAAUGCAGAAUUACUUCGGUAGAUCCACAGAGUUGCUGUCCCUGCAGCUCCUGAGGCUACUAGUCCUGAGCGCAAUGGCUGUGUGCGUGGCCUACGUUUUCGUCAUGGUCUUCUAUUUGCACUACCAGACGGCGCUGCGGUCGGCUAAACCAAUAGAGGUGGACAAUGUGUGGACAGUGUUCUAGAAGUCCUCAUCACUUGGCGGCGCUGGGAGGGUGGUGUCAUCAAAUUUGUAAAAAGAAACCAACCAAAAAAAGUGUGGGGGGGGAGGGAGGGCAAACAGCGAAAGUAAAAAGCAACAAACAACAAACAAUAAACAAUAAACAACAAGAGCAGCGGAACUAGGAAUAUCAAAAAUAAUAUAUGAAAAGAAUGAAGAAGAAACACAUUGGACUUUGUCUGUGAUGUGCCAGCUAUUGUGUUGAUUGUACUUCGACUGUUUCUAAUAGUUCUACGUGAACUAAAAUAUCACUAAAGUCAUACUAACUCGCUUUUAAAAAUAUACACAAAAGAAAGUAAAUCUACUUCCUUAAAGUGAUUCUACACUGACUUCUUGGAUCAACUGUAAAUGUGUGACAUUUAACCACAGCUAACAACAGACCGUUGCUGAUUGGAUAGGAAGUCUAUCAGCUUGUUUUCUGGCUAUUUUGAUGCAGUGUCUAAACUGUGACUAUUCCGAAACAUAAUAGGAACCAGUUUUGUUGAAAUAAUUGUACAGAAUGUUAACUGCUUUGUUUGUUUUCGUUUUUGUUCAUCACAAAGUUUGACAUGACCUUGAUUUGUUACAUAUAUUGUUUAAAUACAUUAUGUAUUUUAUCAUCUCUGAAUACUUGUUCCAAUAUAAAUGAACUCCGAAAAUCAAAUAAAUAUCUUAGGAAGUAAUCGUUUAAUUUAGAGUGUUAUAUUUAUAUGUGUAUUUAUGUUUAUGUAUGCUGUGUGUGUGUGUUUUUUUUUUUAGUCUCCCCUGUUCUACUGUUCAGUAUGUUCACGUGUUUUAGGUUUUUCUCAACAAUGUUAUUAGUGUGUAUUCAAGUCCCCUGUUAGGGCGCUAGUAUGUACAGAGUAUGGUAUAUAAAUAUAACAUAAACUUACUUUUUUUUUUACAUGUUCACUUUGUAUAGUCUUCACUCUCUACUCAAUAAAAUGGAGUGUAACUUUUAAACAUCAGUAUUGUUAUUGUAUUGUGAUAAUAUAACAUGGUGGCAGCUUACUAAACGUUCUAAAAUGGAUACUGUAAUUAAAACUAAUUACUUCAAACCAUCACUUGUAUUUAGAUGUCCCAAAAAUGGUGUGAUUGGUCUAGCUGAUGCUAUUAUAGUUUAUGGAUCUGGAGACACAUGGGAAACAGCUUCCCAUGACCACGACAUGAAUAUUACAGCAUUAUUUGAGAGAUGUCGCUCUGUGGCAAUUAAACUGAACAAAGAAGCAUAACCAUUGUCCGCAGGUGGUCGAGUUAGAUUUUCUUUUCGCCUUCUGCGUCUGUCCUCCGGCAGCGGAUUUUCUUUUGGUUAGUGUUAGUAACAUAGAAAAAAAAAACAACAACUUGAGAUAUAGAGAGAUGGGGAAAAAGAAAAAAGGUGAGGAGGAUUAGCAUAGAUUUUAAUAAGAUAUUGAAAGAGCACUUUAACUUCUUAAUAAUAUAAAUUAUGUGCUAGAAGUGAAAUGACUUAGAAAUUUGACUUUACAGUGCUAACAUGGCACACAAAUCAUUGGAAUCCUAUUGAAAUACAUAGAUUAUUAGAUUGUGUCAGAUUCUGUACACCCUUGACUUAAAAAAAAAACAACAACUGGCUAUUUAUAGUUAUCCGCUGAACAUUUCCACAAACCUAAUGACACAAUUAAGACUACUCACCUUUUCGUAAAUUUUUCGCACCGGAAUUGCACAAUUCUAAUUUGUAAACAUUUUAACAGAAAGACUGAAGUGUUUCUGUUUUGUGAAACUUGUCGAUUUUGAAAUCCAGAUUCGGAUCUAGAUAUUUGGCCUAGAUCUAGAUCUAGCUCCAGCGAAAGACAGUUUCUAUUAUCUAGCCUAAAUUUUCAAUAAAAGGAUCUUUGCUCAGAUUUCAAGUCCCUUUGUUAGUGUGUUAUCAUACAAUAAACAAAGGUGCCGAGUAAAUCUAGACUAUCUUAUCUUAUUAUGUCUUAUAAGUUAUAUAUUACAAACGUUACUUCAACAAAAAAAAAGACCUACGUCGUACACAUUUAGAUUAGAUUUAGAUUAAUACUAUCUUAUCUUGAAAAUAAAAGCAAGUACAACUACUCUUAUGUCUUACGUGUGCAAUUAUCUUCCCCUUAAUUUUUAGAUCUUCUUAUCUUAUCUUAUCUUAUCGAUCUUAUCUUAUAUCUAGAUGUGAAUUAUCAUAAUUACACAUAUCUAGAAGACUAGAACUAAGAGUGCUACUUCAAACACAAACCUAUUUGAAACAGAGUCUAGAUUUAUUUCAAAAGGAUAUACAAAUAGUAUUCGCUAUAUUAUGACCAACAACUUAAACAAGAGAUUCCUCAUGUCACUGAAGUAUCUGCUUUUCAAACAUCGUCGUCACUCGAUCCUGGCUUUGACCUCAAGGCUUCUGUUUCUGGUCAGCAUCUUCGUCCUCGCGAUGCUUGUCUGUGUCCACAACUCCUAUUUUCAGGGGCGUGCCACUCAUCAUUCUUUUUGUAGGGCGCCAAUUUUGCCAGAGAACAACCCAGACAUCUUGAGCGCUGUACCACCGGACAAGGUCAUCAAGUGCUCAGAAGAGGCGAACUGGGUGACUAUACAGGGCGGAGUCUUCUACAUCACAGCCUCCGCUGCCCAGAAGUAUCCUGACAUUAGCUGCAGUCUGCAGAGUAUCCAGAGAAAUACAGACUUUGGAGUGUUGAAAAGUACAUCUCUGAUUGCUGUUAAGAAUGGAACACAGCUAACCGAAGACUUCCAUAAAGUCAAGUGCAAGUCGUCUGAUCAUUCUACUUAUAUUAAUUUUCACGCCUCUAUCAGCCCGAGUCCUGAGGUAGAAGCACGUCCGUUGACCAAUGCUGGAGGGCUAGAUUUGGAUGUUAUUUUCAUAGGUGUAGACUCAACGUCCAGAAUGAUGUGGAAAAGAAAGCUCCCUAAAACCAGGGACUAUUUUUUGAAAACUUUGAAAGGCAUAGAAUUCGAGACCUACAACAUUGUUGGAGACGGCACUCCGCCAGCGUUGCUGCCUCUACUGACCGGCAAGAGAGAGGAGGAACUGCCCGAAGCCAGACGAGGGGAACCCAACGCUUCGUUCGUAGAUAGCUUCCCAUGGAUAUGGCGUCGGUUCGCAGAAGCAGGCUACGUGACGGCCUGGGCCGAAGAAGAGCCACAAAUGGGUACAUUUCAGAACAGAUUGCUAGGUUUUAAGAAGCAGCCAGUUGACCAUUACUACAGAACAUUUACAAUGGCCUUCUUACAAGAAAAUAACACGAAAGAAUGUCUGGGCUCGACGCCCAAGAGUACAGCCUUGCUGGAGUACGUCGCUGAUGUGUUUCACGCUUACCCGCUGUCCAGAAGGAAGUGGAUGCUAAGCUUCUUGUCCGAGCUUUCCCACGAUGCUCAACACCUUGCCUUAUCACAGCUGGACGCUGAGAUGUACAGACACAUUAAGAAGCUACAUAUUGAGAACUACUUGGACAAUGCUUUGUUCAUUAUGUUUGCUGACCACGGGGCAAGGUUUACACGUCUCAGAAAUGUAGAGCAAGGGAAACUGGAGGAGCGACUGCCCUACUUUGGCAUGAGGUUUCCUAAAUGGUUUGUAAAGAAAUACCCAGAAAUACUACGAAAUGUCCAGAUCAACUCAAAGCGACUGACCACACCGUUCGAUGUGCACGAGACUUUGUUAGACAUUCUUCACUGGACCGGCGAUCAGAGAGGGGACCUCACCAAGAGAGGCAUUAGUCUGUUCAGGGAGAUACCGAGUGGCAGGACUUGUCAUGAUGCUCACAUCGACCCCCACUGGUGUGUGUGCCUCCAGUGGAGACCCGUGACCCUGAACUCGUCCAUAGUUCAGAAGAUCAAGGACGAGAUCAUCGCAACCUUCAACCAGUUCACGGAAAGCAAGAGGCACGUCUGCGCCGUCCUUCAAGUGCGACAGGUCAUCAGCGCUUUCAUCAUGGGGGUGAACGAUGAAGUCUUGAGGCUCAUCGAUACCAAUGAUGGUGGUCGAGGACGCUUCGGCCUCAUGGUGGACAAGGCAACCCACACUUUGGCUUAUUAUCAAGUUACCUUGGAAACCAGGCCUGGUGGAGGGAGGUUUGAAGCUACAGUCACCCACGACUUGGUGAAAAACGUAAUCACUUUGGACAAGAAAGACAUUAGCAGGACCAACAGAUACGGCAACGACCCACACUGCGUUAUGGACACUAACCCUUUCCUGAGACCUUUCUGCUACUGUAAAGAUUUGAUGACAUAACAAAAUCAUUAUAAAAAUUAAUAAAUAAAAAAGUUACCAAUUACUUAUACAACUGAAUAUACAGAAUCAAUCAGUUGUUACUUUCAAACUAAUAGAACUAGAGGCUUUAUCAAAUACUAAAUGUAGUUUAGUACAAUUGAACUCCGCGGUCUUUCGUGGGACUUGCACCAGCACUCAAACCAUUCAUAGGCGUCCCCGAAAGGGGCAAAACAGUAUUAGAAUUGUGUUGUCUGUCUGUCCGUUCGCCCGUUCAUCUCAUUUAGAUCGUAGAAACUAUAAAAGAAAUUGAGAAUCCGAUUUCAUGAUAUUUUAGAUCCUGCAAAGUUCUGGUGAAUGGCUACUUUUUUUUGUUUUCUGAACCGUUUCAUUUUUAAAAAUUAAAUAUGCAAGCAUUUUUUUUUUCACAAAAAUACACAUCACUUUUUAUACAAAACUUCAGUUGAGGGAGGUCUUUUUCAUUGAUAACUCUAGCCUAAUUAAUCGAUUCGCGAAUUGGCAAACAAA